GACUAACCAAAGUUCACGAAUAACGAUAAUACAAGUAGGUAGGUGAUUUACUUAAUCGAUACCUGAGUUCAUUAUUAUAUUAUAUGAAGCAGUAGACACUAUAAAUGCAUAAAUGACAAUAAUUUUCCGGCAUGCGAAAACGGUUUUCGAUUAUAUUCACUUACUGGCGCGUUCAUAUUAUUAUUACGAAUUUGUGGGCAUUAUCUAUCAGUAUUUAGCAUAUUUUACAACAACCUAUCACUUAAAUAGUGUUAUAGUAGUAUCACUUCAGUACCAGUGGAAUCACGUUUUUUGCUUCAGUCCGUUCACCGUUUUAAUAAUACAAAAAAUAAUCUCAUUUUUUUUUCGUCAACUUCAAAUUGAAUAAUACCUAAUAUCAGCUGCAACCGAGUAGCAACGCUUCGUAGUUAUUUCUCGUGACCUUAAUUUUAUUAUGACCAUGUUCUAUUUGGAAGAUUUUAUGGAAAAACUUGAACUUUUACCGCAAGAGAUCAGAAAUCGCACAGCAGAAAUCGGGAAACUGGACUUGCAAGUAGAAAAUUCAAUGAACUGUAUAAAGAGUAAUGUAGAUACUUUAUUUUCAAAAGCUGAUACUAUGACUCCAGAUGAUUUACAAAAUAAUUUUAAGACACUUAUGAAAGAAGGUGACAAAGCUCUUAAACGAUCUGAUUCAAAACUUCAAAUAGCCAAGGACAUGGAAAAACUCGUGUCAAAAUAUAUAAAUCGAUUGGAUCUUGAGUUACAAGGAUUUAAAACUGAACUGGAAGCUGAUAAAAGUGGAAUCACUGAUCUUAUUGAAAAAAGAAUUUUAGAUUCAGAUCAAAACAAUACAUCCAUUCAUAAAGAAAAUGAGUAUGAAGCAAACAGACAUAUUUUUGGAGAAACAGAAGAAGUCUUAAAUAAUGUUAGCAGUAUCAAUCAAACAUCUAUUGAAGUAGCUUCAGAUGCAUCUAGUAGUGAAGAAUUAGUAUCAUAUUUUCAACCUGAUACAAAUCCUGUUAAUUCUCAAAAGGCUCCAUUUCCGCUAUCCUUCACUAAGGGGGCUGAUUGCUCAGCAAUUUCAGCAGUUGUAUCUGAAGCUAUUGUUUCUUCUCAAAAGCUGUCUUGUGGACGUAGGUCAGCUAGUUUAAUUGCAUCUUUUGAUGCAACUAAUUAUGACCAAAUUACAGACAAAUCAAAGUUAUCAAAAUCAUUUUCCAAUAAUAAAGACAUUUCAGAAUUUAUUAAAUCUAAUAGUAACCAAACAAAAAAAAAUAAAAAACUUCGAAGAGGAAUUGCUUGUAAAGACAUAUCAACUGAUGAAGAUGAAUCAAUUGAUCCUAGUGAACCUCUAUACUGUUUAUGUAAUCAAAUAGCUUAUGGAACAAUGGUGGCUUGUGAUAAUAAAAAAUGUCCACAUGAGUGGUUUCAUUAUGAAUGUGUUGGUAUAACAAAACCACCGCAUGGAAAGUGGUAUUGCCCUAAGUGCGUUAUCAAACUGAAGAGAAAAAGAUAAAAAUUGUGUACAACCACUUUAUUGGGUUGUUAUGUUUUACAACAAUGUUUAUUGCUGUAAAAACAUUAAUACAUUAUGUUUGUUUAUAUUAAUAUUUUUGAAUAUAAUUAUUGUUCCCAUUCUUUAUUGUAGGAA